ACACCGGGUGGCGUUCUAUCCUUUCUGUAUGUUUGUUGCACACGCUCGAAACGUGAGAACGUGCUCUUUUGAAAAGUUUUACCGAAAUAAGAAGAAUGAAAUUAUUAACUCAUAAUUUUAUGACUUCAAAAUGCAUUAAAGGCGUUAAUGUCGGAUAUCCACUGGGAAUUGUGGCUCAUAAAAUAAGUAAAACAAAAGUAGAUUUUAAUCCGGAAUUUGUAUGUCGAAUGAUUCCGAAACUUGAUUGGGAUGCUCUGUGUCAAGCGGCAGAAAACGUAAGGAUCGAUUGCUUAAAUGACUUACCAAAAGUUUUGGUGCCAAAUUAUGAAGCAGAUGAAAAUUUUUUACGGAAGGUUCAUCAUAUUUUAUUGGAAGUUGACGUAAUAUCUGGCGAUCUUCUGUGCCCGGAAACCGGCAGAAAGUUUCCCAUUACUGACGGAAUUCCAAAUAUGUUAUUAAACGAAGACGAAGUUUAAAUAAAAAUAAGUUAUGUAUUUUAAAUUA